UUUAUUCAUAUGUUAAAGUUAUUUUUGAAGAAUUGAAAAUUUUGGAUGUUUUGGAUGAUUUGAAUAUUGAUUUGGCCAUUAAUGAAAUUUCUAUUCCAGUUUUGAACAACAAUACAAAUAUGAUUUUUGAUGAAUUAUCUAAUUUUGAAUUGCAAGAAAUCAAUAAUAUUGAAAUUAAUGACUAUCAAGAAAUACUAAUUG